AAUAAGUGUUUUAUAACAAAUAUUAUGAAUAAGAUUUCUUUUUCCUAUACUGAAUACUAAUAUUUAUUGGAAUCUUAAUUCCCAAAUACAUUAAAAAUCAAAAAUUACAGCAAUGGACUUUACAACAAUGUGUCGAAUUUGCCUUGAAUCUAACAAAACAACAUACAAUAUUUACACGAGCUAUUACGCUAAAAGAAAUACCCUGUACUGUGAAAUGCUGUCUAACUGCACUAAGCUUAAGCCUACCAAAGAAGAUGGUCUCCCCAGCUCAAUAUGUAAGGAAUGCAGCCGCCAAUUGAAACGAUCAUAUGCAUUUAACCUGAAAUGCGAGGCGAGUGACAACAAACUAAGAAACUAUUUAGUAAACAUUAUUGAUAUAAAAGAUGAUGACGACAAAAGUAAAUUAAUUGAAGAAAAAUUAGAACUUAAAACUGAGGUAGAAGAAGUUAAAAUCGAAGAUGAUGUGGAUGUUAAAGAUGAGGUGGAUACAGUAUGCAAUGUCAUCAAUGAAAUUUUUGAGAGCGCUGAAAAUGAUUUAAAGGAUGAUAUUAAACUUGAAGUGAGCUGCAAUGAAUAUGACAAUGGCAAUGACAGUGGAUGGGAUGCAGAUGAUGACAACAUGCUUCUGGGAGAUUUACAACUGAAAAAAAAGGAUAAAGAUUUUACCAUAGAAGAAGAAAAACCCAAAAAGAGAAGAGGACGGAAAAAAAGGGUGGAUUUGGAGCCCCAACUGCCAGAAAGCAAGCUGCCUCACCAGUGCGACAUCUGUGGCAAGUUCCUGAGCACCAAGAGCAACCUGAAGGCGCACAAGAUCUGCCAUACGGAUCUCAGGCCCUAUAAAUGCGGCGACUGUCCUGCCACAUUCAGAGGUUACAGCGCGCUGUUUCAGCACAAGAAAGUACAUACAAAAGAGACUCCGUACCACUGCGAGUACUGCCCUAAGCAGUUCAGUAGACGCACUGGUCUUGUUAACCACAUCCGGAUGCACACUGGCGAGAAACUGUAUAGCUGCGAUGUAUGCUUCAAGAACUUCGUGCAGAGCGCACAACUCUCCAUCCACAUGAAGAGGCAUAAAGGAGACAAAACUUAUCUCUGCCAGGAAUGUGGGAAAGGGUUCCCUAUAAAAGCCGACCUUAAAGUCCACCAAAGGAUCCACAACGGGGAGAAGCCCUACUCUUGUCAUCUCUGCACCAAGACGUUUGCGACCUCUGGCAACCUCUCAAUACACGUCAGAAUACACAAUAAGGAAGUUAGGUACCGUUGUAAAGAAUGCAACCGCGGCUUCGUAACGUGCAGCGCCUACAACGUGCACCUCAAGCGGCACAAGGGGCAGAGGGACUACCACUGCGAGUGCGGCAAAACUUUCUACACAUCCUCCGCUUUGAAACAACACAAGGUAGUGCACACCGGCGAAAAGAAGUACCAAUGCAAGAUAUGCGAUCGUAAGUUCUCACAGACGAGCCAUCUCAGCCGCCAUUUCAAACGGGACCACGCGAAACCGAACAUGCCUUUACCAUCUUCAGACCAUUAUAAGUUAGUUAUAAGUAAUGAGGAUAAGUCCUUCAUGUUUGACGUGUCGAACGCGAGUCAGGGGGUGAAGUGUGAGGGGUCGUAGUGUUUUUUUUUUUAUUCAACAAAUUACACAGUAUGACAGUUAAAACCAAUUCACUGUGGAAUUUAUGUGAUACGAGAAGUUGCCGAAUUUAACCUUUUGAAAGCCACGCAUAGGCGUGAAUCAACUUUUAGGACACCGAUUUCGUGUUUUAGACUCCCUAGCAAAGAAAAAUCGAUUUUUUUUAAAACCAGGUUGGUUUUUUUUUUUACUUUUUUGUUUACACGGGCAUUAUUAGAUACAUAAGUAUUUAAUUAACAACUUGAUCAGAUAAAAGUUACAUUUUGUACGGUAACGCAGUAGAAAAAUACAAAAAUUGUGUCCCUGAUUCUUGUAUGUUAGAAAACUUUUCUCUGCUGCGUUAUCGUACAAAAUGUAACUUUUAUCUGAUCAAGUUGUUAAUUUUAAUGUGUUCAAUUAAUUCUUAUAUUCUUAAUAUCUAAUAAUGCCUGUGUAAAAAAGUAAAAAAAUCAACAUGGUUUCUAAAAAAUAGAAUUUUCUUUGCUAGGGAAUCUAGGGACAAAAGUUGAAUCAUCCCUAUAUUAUUGAGCUGUCUCGUAGAAACUCUGGACAUCAUUACCGAUCAGCUGAAAUAAACGAAACAGACUUUUGUGAGACUCCAGUGCUGGUUCCAUAGUAAAAAUUAUUUUUAUGACCUACAUUACAUUUACAUUACAUAUUCACUCCGCAGAUUUAAAAACGUUAUGUACCUAUAUGUAUUAUUAUUCACAACGACGGGACUUAAUCGCGUCUUCUUCUUCUUCCUCGCGUUAUCCCGGCAUUUUGCCAUGGCUCAUGGGAGCCUGGGGGUCCACUUGGCAACUAAUUCUAAGAAUUUACGUAGGCACUAGUUUUUACGAAAGUGUUUGCCAUCUGACCUUCCAACCCAGAGGGGGAACUAGGCCUUGUUAGGAUUAGUCCGGUUUCCUCACGAUGUUUUCUUUCACCGAAAAGCGACUUAUUACUUUUUUUAUAAUUUUUUUUUUAUUUACUUAUUUUACGCGAUUAAGUCCCGUCAUUGUGAAUAAUAAUGAGUAAAAAUCGUGAAAGUUUAAAUCAGUGUUAUGUAUUUCAUUUGAUAAGCUGCCAUCACUGAGGAAAAUACUGUAUAAAAAAUACCAGCUACCUCAAUUUUGAUCACAGUAAACACAAUACAGUAGUCUUAUUAUACGUUCAGUGACAAUUUUUUUUUUGUAUAUUAUAAGAGCUGAAUGAUCUGUAUAAAAAUGAAUCUUUUUUUAAUAUUUAUUUUGGAAAUUCGGAUUGUUUUUAGUGUGAGAUCUCAUACACGUGUACGUAUUUACAGACGGUAAUAACAUUUGGUUCAACUUUUUGAUUGGUUUUAAUACUUUUAAUCAUGAUUCAUGUACCAUUGGUCGACUCAAUAUUAACGCAAAACACGCAAAUAAAAUCGUCUGUGGCCAUCAAUGGGGCCAUCGAUUGCUGUGUCAUAUUUAUUUUGGUAUGUAUUCCUUUAAUCUGUUUUUAAUAGGGAAUAUUACGCGAAACUGCGUAGAGGGCGCCACUACCACAAUCUGAGGGUCUAUCGCGAAACAAGAAUAUUGAAAUUUCGUUAUCUAACAUCCCUGUCACUCUUGCAUAUUCGAGCGAUGAAGAGGCAGAUAGCUAAAUUUCGGAUUCGCGUUACCCGGUAGGUCCUCUGUAAACAACGGCCUUGAUGCAUCAAUGUCAUAUUUUACUAUCUCUGAAAACUUGAUCGAAAACCUGUUAAAGGUACAGUAUGUAUAAGUUACUCUAUGGUUUACUAAAAAUGCUAGUGCUGCACUCCGGUGGCAGAACAUUGCAGUAAUAUCCCCUAUUGAUACAGGUAUAUAUCUGUGGCCCUAGUGAAAAAGGGUACAAGUCUCGGACAGGGCAGUUGCAAAAGGGCGUAAGUUUCACGAAACUACGUGUAACACUUAUGCCCUUUCAGAACUAAGCCACUGAUUUAAUAAUGUGGUAUAGGAUAGAAAAAGGAACAAGAGGGCAGGUGAACGAAAUGGCACGGUUUCGGACAAUAUUAGUUACCCUAGACUUAUAUCGACCGUGAUUACCUUUUGUAUUGUUUUCGAGCUAUCGAUAUUACCCGUGAACAAGAUGCAUGUAACUGCGUCGAAAUAUCGCGGGGGGGGGGAAACAAUACAAAAGGGAAUCACGGUCCAUAUCCCGGUCAAGUCUAUUGAAAAUAAUAGUGAAUCAUUCAAAACUGUUAAUAUUAGUUACCGUCAACCGGGAUAAAAUACGGAUAUAACUUGGGAAUUACACUUACCUGAUAUUUUCUUAAAAACUACUCACACAAAUUGUAUCGUGCGAAAUCUACUAGGUAUUAUUCUCAAUCGCAUACCAUUUGUGUAGAUAGUUUUCAAGAAACUAUUUGUUUAUUUACAUAAUCUUUAUUGCACAAAAGAAAAUACAAUCGUACAGAAGGCGGACCUAAUGCUAUAAGGCAUUCUCUACCAGUCAACCUUUGGGCAAAGCAGAAAAAUAUCAGUUAAAUGUCAUUCCUAAUUAUUAUAAUGAUGGAUCCUAUGUCUGCAAUACCAAGAAAAAUUUGGUGCCAUACAGCGAAAUCUAAGUCAACUGUAAAAAACCGGCCAAGUGCGAGUCGGGCUCGCGCACGAAGGGUUCCGUACCGUACCAUUACGCAAAAUAACGGCAAAAAAAUCACGUUUGUUGUAUGGGAGCCCCACUUAAAUAUUUAUUUUAUUCUGUUUUUAGUAUUUGUUGUUAUGGCGGCAACAGAAAUACAUCAUCUGUGAAAAUUUCAACCGUCUAGCUAUCACGGUUCGUGAGAUACAGCCUGGUGACAGACGGACAGACAGACAGUGGAGUCUUAGUUAUAGGGUCCCGUUUUUACCCUUUGGGUACGGAACCCUAAAAACACGCCACAUCUAUUUGCACCACUUUACGCGUCUUACUAUUCUUUUGUCUAUUGUUAUAGGAACGAUUUUGUAUCUAAUAUAUAAAAGUACAAUUAUUUAUUGAAUGAAUUAUGUUAGUGUUAGUUUGUGACGUUAUUUUUACCUAGAUUAAGUUACCAGUAACUAACACUCGUUUUGUAACAAAUG